AUGGCGUCGUCACUUCGUCCAGCAUCGCGGCUCGUCGCCAGGCCAUUGUCGGCUUCAUCAGCCAUCCUGCGACAAGCAGAACGAUCACCUUUCCUCCGUGCCGCCACAACAGCUCAAUUUCACUCUUCAAGUCCCAGAAAUGCCUUACCUUCGGGCCCUCCGCCGCAGGGCUAUAGACUCCCACGACCAAAAAGAUUCGAUGAGGGCGAGGGUAUGAUGGACAAGGCUAGCAAUUACUUUCUUCUCACCGAGAUGCUGAGGGGCAUGUAUGUGGUGUUGGAACAAUUCUUCAGACCACCCUACACAAUCUACUAUCCGUUCGAAAAAGGGCCCAUCUCACCACGAUUCCGAGGCGAGCACGCCCUGAGGCGCUAUCCCUCGGGCGAAGAGAGAUGUAUCGCCUGCAAGCUUUGCGAAGCCAUUUGCCCCGCCCUAGCCAUCACAAUUGAAGCCGAAGAAAGAGAAGAUGGCUCGAGAAGGACUACCCGUUAUGACAUUGAUAUGACAAAGUGCAUCUACUGUGGUCUUUGCCAGGAGAGCUGCCCCGUUGAUGCUAUCGUGGAGACACCCAACGCCGAGUAUGCAACAGAGUAUCGAGAAGAGCUCUUGUACAACAAAGAGAAAUUGCUUGCCAACGGCGACAAAUGGGAACCCGAAUUGGCGGCGGUGGCAAGAGCGGAUGCACCAUACAGAUAA